CCAAGCUCACCACGUUAUAUCUAUACAACAAUAGUCUUUCUGGUCCGAUUCCUUUAGAAAUAGGAAACUUGACAUCCCUUGUAGAUUUAGAACUGGCUAUGAAUCUCCUGUCAGGAUCCAUCCCCUCCACGUUAGGGAAGUUAACCAAGCUCACCACGUUGUUUCUGUACAACAAUAGUCUUUCUGGUCCGAUUCCUUUAGAAAUAGGAAACUUGACAUCCCUUGUAGAUUUAGAAUUGGCUAUGAAUCUCCUAUCAGGAUCCAUCCCCUCCACGUUAGGGAAGUUAACCAAGCUCACCACGUUAUAUCUGUACAACAAUAGUCUUUCUAGUCCGAUUCCUUUAGAAAUAGGAAACUUGACAUCCCUUGUAGAUUUAGAACUGGCUAUGAAUCUCCUAUCAGGAUCCAUCCCCUCCACGUUAGGGAAGUUAACCAAGCUCACCACGUUAUAUCUGCACACAAAUAAUCUUUCUGGUCCGAUUCCUUUAGAAAUAGGAAACUUGACAUCCCUUGUAGAUUUAGAACUAGAUAUAAAUCUCCUGUCAGGAUCCAUCCCCUCCAUGUUAGGGAAGUUAACCAAGCUCACCACGUUAUAUCUGUACAACAACAGUCUUUCUGGUCCGAUUCCUUUAGAAAUAGGAAACUUGACAUCCCUUGUAGAUUUAGAACUGGCUAUGAAUCUCCUGUCAGGAUCCAUCCCCUCUACGUUAGGGAAGUUAACCAAGCUCACCACGUUAUAUCUGCACACAAAUAAUCUUUCUGGUCCGAUACCUUUAGAAAUAGGAAACUUGACAUCCCUUGUAGAUUUAGAACUGGGUAUAAAUCUCCUGUCAGGAUCCAUCCCCUCCACGUUAGGGAAGUUAACCAAGCUCACCACGUUAUAUCUGUACAACAGUAGUCUUUCUGGUCCGAUUCCUUUAGAAAUAGGAAACUUGACAUCCCUUGUAGAUUUAGAACUGGGUAUAAAUCUUCUGACAGGAUCCAUCCCUUCCAUGUUUGGGAAUUUAACCAAGCUGACCAUGUUACAUCUGUAUCAGAAUAAUCUUUCUGGUCCUAUUCCUUCAGAAAUAGGAAACUUGGCGUCCCUUCUACAUUUAGGUCUGUCCACAAAUCUCCUAAUAGGUUGGAUUCCACUCAGUUUCGGUAACUUGUCCAAGUUGGAGGCAUUGUUCUUGCAUGAAAAUCAAUUAUCUGGCAUCAUCCCGGCAUCCAUUGGAAAUUUCAAAAAUCUGAAUGUCUUAGGAAUGUAUAAAAAUUCUUUUACAAGUUCUAUCCCCUCCACUUUUGGGAACUUAACCAAGCUGACCACAUUAUUCAUGUAUCAGAAUAAUCUUUCUAGUCCUAUUCCUUCAGAAAUUGGAAACUUGGCAUCCCUUGUAAAUCUAGAUCUAUCUAAAAAUCUUCUGACAGGUUCGAUUCCAUUCACUUUUGGAAACUUGACCGAGUUAGCCUACUUGAGCUUGCGUAAAAAUCAAUUAUCCGGCAUCAUCCCUACAUCUGUAGGCCAUUUGAGCAAGUUGACGACGUUGGACUUGUCUGAAAAUCAAUUAUCUGGCAUCAUCCAUGCAUCUGUCGGUAAUUUGAGCACCUUGGAAGUAGUGGACUUUUCGGAAAAUCAAUUGGUUGGCAUCAUCCCUACAUCUAUAGGUAAUUUGAGCAAUUUGGAGUCUUUAAAACUCGAGGGCAAUCAGUUUUCGGGUUCUAUUCCUCAGGAAAUAGGAAAUCUGAAACAAUUAUCUCUCCUAACAAUUUUUGCCAACAAUUUCUCUGGUAAUUUACCACAACAAUUAUGCGUUGGUGGGUCACUUUCAUAUUUGAUUGCAGAUAACAAUAGUUUUACGGGUACCAUCCCGACAGGAUUGAAAAAUUGUACAAGCUUAUUGAGAGUCCGAUUAGAGAACAACCAACUGAAGGGAAAUAUAUCAGAAGUUUUUGGUUCAUAUCCCCAUUUGGAUUAUAUCGAUCUGAGCAAUAACAAAUUCUGUGGUGAGAUUUCAUCAGAUUGGGGAAAGUGCUCAAAUCUUACAACCCUACGGAUGUCAAGAAAUGAGAUUACUGGUAGAAUACCUCCAGAGCUUAGGAAGUUAUCUCUACUAGGACGACUUGACCUUUCUUCCAACCGUUUAAUUGGAGAGAUUCCAAAAGACUUAUGGAAAAUGAAAGUUUUGUUUAGCCUGAAUUUGAGUCAUAAUCAGCUUUCAGGUAGGUUGUCAUCGGAAAUUGGAAAAUUGUCUGACUUGGAAAUUGUUGACUUGUCAGCAAACAAUCUAAUUGGACCUAUUCCAGAGCAGCUAGGGGAUUGCUUCAAAAUGAUUUACCUACACCUGGGUAAGAACAAAUUUAAUGGAAGCAUUCCCAAACAAAUGGGUAACCUUGUUUCACUACAAAUUCUAAUGGAUCUUAGUCAUAAUCAACUCUUCGGAGAGAUACCAUCACAGAUUGGGCAAUUGCACAGUCUGGAAACUUUAAAUCUCUCACACAAUAUGCUCUCCGGUUCCAUCCCCUCCUUGUUGGAAGAGAUGUUGAGUUUGACAUCCAUCGACAUAUCAUACAAUGAGUUGGAAGGUCCGAUUCCCAAAACUAAAGCCUUUGAAGAUGCUCCUAGAGAGGCUUUCACAAACAAUAAAGCAUUGUGUGGCAAUGCGUCCAAAGGUUUGCCCUCUUGCAAUUCUUCAAUGAUAGAAAAGAGGAAUACUGGAAAGAAGCACAUGCUCAUCAUUUAUAUUUUCCUUCCUAUUUUGAGUGCAAUGCUUCUAAUAUCCAUAGUUAUAGGAAUUGCUUGGGUUUUUCAAAGGAAGGCAAAGAAAAGGAUAGAAAUGGGACAAACAGAAAGAAUUGAUCAAGGGGAUCUAUUCACAAUAUGUAACUAUGAUGGUAGAAUUGUGCAUGAAAAUAUCAUUGAAGCCACAGAGAACUUUGAUGACAAGCAUUGCAUCGGGAAGGGAGGAUAUGGAAGUGUUUACAAAGCAACUUUAUCAACUGGUCAAGUGGUAGCUGUGAAGAAGCUUCAUCCAUUACAAGAAGAAGCUGGCAUGGUCAACAAAAACCAUUUUACAAAUGAGAUUCGUGCAUUAACUGAAAUACGACACAAAAAUAUUGUGAAACUUUAUGGUUUCUGUUCACAUGCGCAACAUUCAUUUUUGGUUUAUGAGUAUUUGGAAAGGGGAAGUUUGGCAAAGAUCCUAGGAGACGUGGAGAGGGCAAAGGAGUUGGAUUGGAUGAAGAGAAUAAGUGUAAUUAAAGGUGUGGCCAAUGCGCUAUCUUACAUGCACCAUGAUUGCUCACCCCCAAUAAUUCAUAGAGAUUUAUCAGGUGGCAAUAUUUUGUUGGAUUCAGAGUAUGAUGCUCAUGUGUCAGAUUUUGGUAUUGCAAGGCUUCUAAUGCCUGAUUCAAGUAAUUGGACUUCUCUUGCAGGCACGUAUGGCUAUCUUGCUCCAGAGUUUGCUUAUACAAUGAGGGUGACAGAAAAGUGUGAUGUGUAUAGCUUCGGAGUGGUAAUAAUAGAAAUAUUAAUGGGACGGCACCCUGGUGAGCUCCUUUCAUCUUUAUCACUAUCAUCAUUAUCAUCAUUGGCAUCAUCAUCAAUUGUGCAAACCAUGAUGUUGAACGAUGUUUUAGACCAACGGCUCCCUCCUCCCAUAGAUGAAGUUAAUGGAGCGGUGGUUUCUAUUGUAAAAAUGGCAUUUACAUGCUUGAAUCUUAAUCCCCAAUCUCGGCCAACCAUGAAACAUGUCUCUCAGGAACUAUCAUCUCACAAGCCAUUUUCUAUCCAGUCAUUUCACACAGUCACAUUAGGAGAGUUCUUGCAUGGAGGAAGAGUACUCGAGUAGAUGCAAGCUUGUCUGUCUUGUUAGAGAAAUCUAAUAUGUGAUUAAU